CGUGCCCGGUUCAAACAUGGCCGCCGAGCGGUGCCUUUUCUCUCUGUCAGGGAGCGCGACGAAAUAACAGUCAGAGCCUGGGCUGGGCUGGGAGGGGCGAGGCGAGAGACGUGGGGGCCGCGGCGAGCCCCACGCCGAGCGCAGGGGCCGAGCCGGAAGCCGCCGCCGCCGCUGCGUGCUCGGGGAGGCGGGCAGGGAGCGUGUGAGGAGCGGGGCGGAGGCGGCGAGGGAGAAGGAGGAGCGGGGCGGGGGAGCCGCGCCAAGCCGAGCCGCUAAGUCCGUCCGUGCGUCCGUCCGUCCGCCGGAGCGGGCGCGCGUAGGCGCUGUGCGGAAGGGCCGCGGCCCGUCGGCGGAAUCAGCGUAGGGGGCGUUGGAGAAUCGCCGCGGCGGCCGGCGGGUUGGCUGGCGGGAGGCGCGCUCAGAGCGGGCGGACGGGCGGCGGGUAGGCAGCCGGGGCGAGGCGUCAGCAGCGGCAGCGACACCACCAGCACCGCCGCCGGCCAGCGCCAUGGUAGCUCAACAGAAGAACCUUGAAGGAUAUGUGGGGUUUGCAAAUCUUCCAAAUCAAGUUUACCGCAAGUCUGUGAAGAGAGGAUUUGAAUUCACACUCAUGGUAGUAGGUGAAUCCGGACUGGGAAAAUCCACAUUAAUCAACUCAUUAUUCCUAACAGAAUUGUAUUCCCCAGAGUAUCCAGGUCCUUCGCACAGAAUUAAAAAGACUGUACAGGUCGAGCAGUCAAAAGUUCUAAUCAAAGAGGGUGGUGUUCAGUUACUACUUACAAUAGUUGACACACCAGGAUUUGGAGAUGCUGUGGAUAAUAGUAAUUGUUGGCAGCCAGUUAUCGACUACAUUGACAGUAAAUUUGAGGACUACCUGAACGCAGAAUCCCGAGUGAACAGACGUCAGAUGCCAGAUAAUAGAGUGCAGUGUUGUUUAUACUUCAUUGCUCCUUCAGGACAUGGACUUAAACCUCUGGAUAUAGAGUUUAUGAAGCGCCUGCAUGAAAAAGUGAAUAUCAUUCCACUUAUUGCCAAAGCAGACACACUUACACCCGAGGAAUGCCAACAGUUUAAAAAACAGAUAAUGAAAGAAAUCCAAGAACACAAAAUUAAAAUAUAUGAAUUCCCAGAAACGGAUGACGAAGAGGAAAAUAAGAUUGUCAAAAAGAUAAAGGACCGUUUACCUCUUGCUGUGGUAGGUAGUAAUACGAUCAUUGAAGUCAAUGGCAAGAGAGUCAGAGGAAGGCAGUACCCAUGGGGUGUUGCAGAAGUUGAAAAUGGUGAACACUGUGACUUCACAAUCCUGAGGAACAUGUUGAUAAGAACUCAUAUGCAGGACCUGAAGGAUGUCACUAACAAUGUACAUUACGAGAACUACAGAAGCAGAAAACUGGCAGCUGUUACAUACAAUGGUGUUGACAACAACAAAAACAAAGGGCAGCUAACAAAAUUUGACACAGUUGAAGGCAUGAGCCCGUUGGCACAGAUGGAGGAGGAAAGGAGGGAGCAUGUAGCCAAGAUGAAAAAAAUGGAAAUGGAGAUGGAGCAAGUGUUUGAGAUGAAAGUCAAAGAAAAAGUUCAGAAGCUGAAGGACUCUGAGGCCGAGCUGCAGCGACGCCAUGAGCAAAUGAAAAAGAAUUUGGAGGCACAACACAAAGAGUUAGAGGAAAAGCGUCGCCAGUUUGAGGACGAGAAAGCCAACUGGGAAGCUCAGCAACGUAUUUUGGAACAACAGAAUUCUUCCAGAACCUUGGAAAAGAAUAAGAAGAAAGGGAAGAUAUUUUAAAUGCAUCAUUUUGACCACCAGUUAUGUAUUAGUUGCCAAUAUGCCAGCCUGGACAUCAGUGUUUGUUGGAUCCGUUUGACCAAUUUUGCACCAGUUGUAUCCAUCGUAAUGGAUUUAACAGCAUGACAAAUUCUUGUUAAUUUUGAUGGAGAAUGAGAUGCCUUGAAUUGUCUGGGGUGUUUGUUGUGUACUUGGAAAAAUAACAGCUCUAAGUACCUUAUUUUUUGUCUUUUUUUUUUAAAAAACAGAUGUCAUUUUAAUGCAAAAUUGUACAUUUUACUGUUGUACAAUCAUGUUCUGGUGGUUUGACAGUUUACAGGAUAUUAAAAACUGCAAGGACUCGAGACGGUUUUUAGUGAGGAUAAAUUGCCAUAAUAUGAUGCAAACGAUGCUUCUCUACUAUUAUAAUACAAGAAUUCCAUUCAGUGCAGCAUAUACCAUAAUGUAAUUUAGUCUAACACAGUUGACCCUAUUUUUUGACACUUCCAUUGUUUAAAAGUACACAUGGAAAAACAAAAGUUGUAGGCUUACAGUGCACCUAAGCUUUUUAUAACAACCCUUUUAUGUUUUGGAUUCUUUAAAUAUAUGCUAUUCUCAUUUAGUAACUUCUUUAGUCAGAAGGAUCUCAUUACUGCUUCAUUUUUUGUAAUAACAUUUAAUUUAGAUAUUUUUCCAUAUAUUGGCCCUCCUAAAUAGAAUAUAGCUUCUUUCAUAUGGUAGGAACCAGUGAGUAAAACUUUUCCUUUAACUCCCUUUUUACAUUUUAUGGUAAGUAGCAGGAAAACGCAUUUAUAGGUCAUUUCUAGGCAAAAUUGUGGAGUUAACUACCAACCUGUUUCUACCUGUGUGCAGUCUUUCUUUCUUUUACUAGAAAUGGGAAUAUGGCCUCAAGAAAAACAUCACCAUUUCGCAUUUAGCUGUAUUCAUAUACUGCAUUUCUGUAUUUUUGUUUGUAUUGUAAAAAGUCACAUAAUAAACAAUGUUGUGAUGUAUAACA